ACGGGAGCUCGCCGGAGAAGGCGACAGGCGGCUUGCGAGGAAGAAGUGGAGUUUGUGACACGUGAGGAUUUAGGGUCUUAAUUAACAGGUUGGCAACUUAACCUUUGCUCCAUGGCUUCAGCAGCGGUUCAUGAUGAAUUGAAAGCAAGAGAUGUUUGCAUUGUCGGUGUUGCUCGCACACCCAUCGGAGCGUUCCUUGGUUCGUUGUCAUCUUUAUCUGCAACAAAACUUGGAUCGAUUGUCAUUGAGAGUGCUUUAAGAAGGGCAAAUGUUGAUCCAACACUCGUACAAGAAGUUUACUUUGGGAAUGUUUUGAGUGCAAACUUGGGGCAAGCUCCAGCAAGACAAGCUGCACUGGGAGCUGGAAUACCAAACAAUGUCGUCUGCACAACCAUUAACAAAGUUUGUUCAUCCGGAAUGAAGGCAACUAUGAUUGCAGCACAAAGUAUUCAGUUGGGUAUUAAUGAUAUAGUUGUGAGUGGUGGCAUGGAGAGCAUGUCAAAUGCCCCAAAGUAUUUAGUAGAUGCAAGGAAGGGAUCUCGAUUUGGAAAUGAUACCAUUAUUGAUGGAAUGCUUAAAGAUGGACUAUGGGAUGUGUACAACGACUUUGCCAUGGGCGUGUGUGCUGAACUAUGUGCUGAUCAACAUUCAAUACCAAGGGAUGAGCAGGAUGCUUAUGCCAUUCAGAGUAAUGAGAGAGGAAUAUCUGCUUCUAAAGGAGGCGCUUUUUCCUGGGAAAUAACACCGGUUGAAGUUUCAGCGGGUAGAGGGAAGCCUUCUGUCAUUGUGGAUAGAGAUGAGAGCCUCGACAAAUUUGAUCCUAUCAAACUAAGAAAGCUUCGGCCCAGCUUUAAGGAGAAUGAUGGCACUGUAACUGCUGGAAAUGCAUCUAGUAUAAGUGAUGGUGCUGCGGCCUUGGUAUUAGUUAGUGGAGCGAAGGCCAAAGAGCUAGGACUGCAAGUCAUAGCAAAAAUCAGAGGAUAUGCAGAUGCUGCUCAGAACUUUUUACAAGAACUUUUUACAACAGCACCAGCACUUGCAAUACCGAAAGCUAUUUCCAAUGCUGGUUUGGAGGCUUCUCAAAUUGAUUUUUAUGAAAUAAAUGAAGCUUUUUCUGUUGUUGCUGUGGCCAAUCAGAAGCUCCUUAAACUUCCUUCUGAAAAGCUGAAUGUCCAUGGCGGAGCGGUAUCUCUUGGACACCCCCUGGGGUGCAGCGGAGCUCGCAUUCUUGUUACAUUAUUAGGGGCUCUCAGAUAUAGAAAUGGGAAAUAUGGAGCUGCUGGGGUUUGCAAUGGUGGUGGGGGAGCAUCUGCUCUUGUAUUAGAGCUCAUGUAAGGAAUUCUGAAUUUUUGGUGAGGCUUUCUUUCCUGUUUCAGUCUCCCUUACCAAAUAAGGUUUUAUCAAACCACCAGUUGUUAGGUGACUUUGUGGUGUCAUUUAAUCUCAAUGGCAACAUCUUGGACUUGUUUUCUGAGCAAUUUUAAUAAAACACCUCUUUUUUUUU